AUGCCAAGGAAAAGGGGCCGUCGAAGGUCGUCUGGCCGCUCCCACACCGCCCUUGUCUUGCUGUCUUUCUCCGUGAGCUACAUGAAGUGCCUCCUGCGGGAAGGCCACUACUCCCAGCGCCUGAGCUCUUCCCCACCCAUCUUCCUAGCAGCCAUCAUGCAGCACCUAAUUGCCAAGGUCCUGGAGCUGGCAGGCAAUGAGGCCCAGAACAGUGGUCAGAGGCGCAUCACCCCAGAGCUGGUGGGCAUGGCGGUCCAACACAAUGCUCUGCUCAGCAGCUCUUUUGGGAUGACAACCAUCACCCUGGUGGCCCCAGCCCAGCACCAGCUGCUCAACCACACCUGGGUCUUGAGUCACGGGUCUCCGGCACCUGGAUGGGCCUUCCACCGGCUGUCGGGCGCCAGGCCUGCUCACUGA